AUGGAGGGCGACGCAGCCUCCCAGGGCCUGCCCCAAUUGGCGGGGAGCGCCCGUCGCUCAGCUACCGCGGGGCAGGCGCGCCGUGCAGGGGAAGUGAAAGUUGGAGCGCCUGGGCCGAGGGGAGCCAAAGCGCGAGAGCGGGCGGCGGGUGGGGUUCCAGCGGAGGAGAGCGGCGUCCCCGUCAGGCGGUGAGUCCGGAGCCGGGGCUCGGCGGCAGGGAGCCCCAGCGCAGCCCUUCUCCUCUCCCGUGGCCUGCACAGGGGGGAAGAGGGAUUGGGGGGGGCGGGGAGAGCCGGCGUCUCCGCUCUCCCGACUGUCUGCUUCGCUCCUUCCGUGGGUCUUCCGACGAAAAGGCUCGUUUUUGCCUUGAACGAGCAGCAGUUCGACAGGUGUUGCUUUCCUUGCCGUGGAGGUGUUGUGCUGCAUUUUUGCCUGUAGGGCAGCUGCUAAGGUGGCAACCUCCUAUUUAUUUAUUUAUUGUUAUUGUUAUUACAUUUAUAGCCCACCUGUCCUCCAAGGAGCUCGUGGUCUCCCUCUCUCCAUCUUCACCUCACAACAGCCCUGCGAGGUGGGUUAGGCUGGGAGAUAGUGACUGGCCCAAGGUGGCUGAAUGAAGGUUUGGACCCUGGUCUCCUGCGCCCUUGUCUGACAUACUAAGCUGGGGUAGCUUACAGCAGUGUUUUUCAACCACUGUUCCACGGCACACUAGUGUGCCGCGAGAUGUUGCCUGGUGUGCCGUGGGAAAAAUUGAAAAAUUCGAAAUUGAAAAAUUUUCGCCCACUAGGCGGGCGCCGGACUGUGUCCACCCUAUUUUCCAUCCAUCCUGGGUGGGGAUCAGAUCGGAUGGGAUCGGAUGAGAGUGGACAGGCGGUCCACUCUCAUCCGAUUCCCCAUAGAGAGCAGCGGGGCUCUGACAUCUCCCUCUCCGCACACAGUGCGGAGACGGAGCUGUCAUCCGCCGGCUCAGCGAGGAUCAGCGGAUCGAUCCCCGCUGAGCAGAGAACAGUCCGCAACGUUUUUGUUUGCCAUUAAAGAAAAAAAUAUUAAACCAUGCUUGAAUGUCGGAACUGGUUACUAAAAUUUUUGAAUCCCACCACUGAUGUUAAGUGUUUGUGUUUAUUUGAUUUGUGUUUAUUUGAUUCCUAUUCAAGAGAAUUACUUUAUAUAUAGUCAAUAUAGGCACAGAGUUAAAUUUUUUAACAUUUUCUAAUGGUGGUGUGCCUCGUGAUUUUUUUCAUGAAACAAGUGUGCCUUUGCCCAAAAAAGGUUGAAAAACACUGGCUUACAGCUUCCUUCAUCUCUGACCUUUGGCCAAGUUGGCUAGGGCUGGUGGGACCAACAAUGUAUGGAGGGCACCCUUUCUAAGCACUACACUGCCUUUGCGUGUAGGCCAGUGGUUCCCACUAAUAAUUCUUCUUAUUCAAAAAGUGAACUCCUGUUCAGGUGGAGGAAGUCUAAAAGGCCAUUAACUUGGUCUAACUCAUUCUCGAAUUGCCCCCCUUAAAAAUCAAAUUGCCCCCCUGUGGGGUGUGUGCCCCCAUGUUGGGAACCAUGGGAAUAGGCAGAAAUGCAUCUGGUGCUGCUUUUCUCCUUGGCACAUCUGAAUUUGUAGAGGUCGUCCUAAAACUCUUUUAUUACUGCUGUUAAAGGCCUAAAACAGGCAUCCCCAAACUCGGCCCUCCAGAUGUUUAGGGACUACAACUCCCACCAUCCCUAGCUAACACGACCAGUGAACAGGGAUGAUGGGAACUGUAGUCCCAAAACAUCUGGAGGGCCGAGUUUUGGGGAGCCCAGCCUAAAAGGACAGCUGUUUGUUUCUGUACCUGCCACAUUUUAGCGUGAGUGUGCAACAGAACCAUGCACACAGCUGGCUUGUUUGCAUGUGUUGCAACCGCAGAGUUUUGUGAACGUGCAGGAGAGGUUCGGACCUUGGAGUCUGGGGGUUUGUGGCAGGUAGAGUGAGGAAUGUAUCUUGUGUCUGUGCAGGAAAUGGCCCAUAGGAGCGGGGAGCAGAGCCUCCGGGAAGAGCUGA